AUGGGCAUCUGGACAACCACUUCGUCCCUCUACUUCCUCACCAAACACCACCAGCACCUUCUUUCCGCCCAAUCCAACCUCCAAUCCACCCUUCGAGAACUCUACCACCACGAAGAACUCCUACAAUCAUGUCCUCCCGAACUUCUCGAAUUCCUAUCUACCUACGUUCCAACAUCACCUCGCAAAUUCUGGCAAUUCUUCGACCCGGCGAAUGAUGGAUUCAGAGUCAUGGCAGCGGAUACAUUGCAUAUCGCACAAGACCUGGUACACCGUGACUACAGCAUCCUCGAACAGCCGCUAAAAUCAGAAUAUAAACAUCUAAAACGGACGGUCGAGAAAUGGUUGCAACCAGCCGGAUUACAGCCUGUUAUUGGACGGUAUAUUCUGCCGUCUUAUACUUGUCUCGAUCACGUCUGUGAGAAGGGAGAACUGAGGGGAACUUGGAUCGAUAACAGAGAAUUUGCGGAAAUGGUGGCUUUGGCGUGGGAUAAGGCGGUGGAGAGACAAGUUGGACAACUGGGGUUCGGAGUUAACAAUGAUGUUGUAGGGGAGUGGAGCGAGGAGUUGAGGAGUGUUUGGGGGGCUAGGAAUCGACGGUUGGAUGAUUGGAUGGUUAGAGAGGUGGACGAGGAGACUGAAGAAGGGACGGAGGGGAGGAGCAGUGAGGAGGAGGUGCUUAAGUUGUAG